AUGUCGGAAAUGCCACCCGGCACAGAUCGAGGGAAUACAUGGAUCUACCGUAUGGCGAGAGGCGAGAAGAAAAGCAUUGAGAACUUGAAUGAAAACGAAAAAGGAAAAUCCAGUCUGGAUAUAUUGUCUUCAAGUUCUCAUACCCAAAACACGACCGGCAAUGCCAUGAAACGCUUGAAUACAGCAUUGGACCAGCUUGCUAAUUCGACCCCAACUCCAGAAAGCCAUCCUGUACACGACACAAUGAGCCCCAGUGGUGCUGCACGUUAUAUAGAGGUUUUCUUGCAAGUCCUUUCAAGUUUGACUCACGUUAUACCAUUCCAGACCAUGAUAGACGCAGAGCUGUUGCGAGCAGUCCCUUAUAUAAUCGACUCAUCUCACGCGCAAGUCAGUCCGGCUAUGAGAAUAAUCUAUUUGAACGCGAUUUAUCGAGGUCAGACCUGUGGCAAUGCGGACGAAUACAAAGGAGCGCCAAGUACAUAUUACAAAUGUUUGCGGUCAGUUCCCUCGUGGUUGAGCUCGGCCCAAGGGUCCCAGAUGGACCUUAUCGCUGCUUCUCUGACAUCCUGGACCGCGAUCGACAAUUUUGACUACCAUCUCGCCUGGAAAUUCCAUUCCGAAGCUUGUCGCUUCAGCGAUAUUUUAGGUAUUCAAGACGUUGAGACUCCGGACUCGGGUUUGGCAGAAGAUGAUGCGGAGAAGAAUGAGAAACGCCGAAUUUAUUGGCACUUGGUCACAACAGACUGCCUUUAUAUGCUUUGGUAUGACAAACCCUCGGCUCUCAAGUCUCCAGUCUCUCGAAUAAAGCUUCCUGUCGAGAUAUCGCCACGGACGAAACAACCGAAAUUCACAAACUGCGUGCUCUUUAUCGUCUGGUCGCGGGCGCUUUCUCUGCUAGAACAGUUUUUCAACCAUUCUGUCCGUACAGAAUAUGACCAGAUAGUUUCUUUUCAAGAGGAGGUAGACAGCUACUGCAAUCAGCUGGAAGAUCUUGUUCUAGAUUGGGACUUGCUAUCUAUCACGAGAUCUUCUAGGCUCGAUGAUUUAAAAUCCUGGUUAUUCGUGGACUCUAUCGUCGCUUUCUACAGUUGUAUAAUUUACAUGCGACGCAAAACAUCCGUCAUCGACGAAAAGGUCCAUUCACAAGCAGUCCGGGCGGCCCGAAAUAUUCUCGCUAUCAUUAUUGAAUGGUCAGAGAAAAAUCAUUCUAGAGGGCGUGAGGGCUUACAUAUGCAGCUAGCCACUUUCUACCCUUUCUGUGCUUUCUUCACACUAUAUUACCAUAUCCUCUCGUCGACGGAUUCCGACGAGUACGAAGGUGAUAUUCAGACUUUGGAAAAGGUUGUUCAGUAUAUGACAAAGAUCGCUUCUAUUAGACCGGACUUUGUGCCUCUUGUAGACGCCAUGAGUGCGUUGAAUGAUGUAUCGCGUGCGGCCCACUCAUAUCCAGAUCCUGUUCACAGGCGAACCGGACUACCUUCAGAUAUAGCCGCAGAGGGGUCUAAUAAUCCCAGGGCUCCCUGUGUGAACGUGAGACAAGAAAAUGGCCAUAACCUGCAGUAUCAAGUCCGUGAAUGGAGUCUACAACAAGAGCCAUUUUCGACCACACCGCAAGGUUCAUCAUUAACGAACUCGCUGUACAACAUUUGUUCGGCACUGCCAACAACAUCAGACGAUGAAUCGACAUACAAGCUCGGGCCCUCUUUUCAAUUUGAGAAUCCAAUUCCCAGCUACCUAACGCCUCCGCAAGGUGUCAAACCUGGAUUGAGUGCGCCUGGAUUUUCAGCUAAGAUCGCAGAUCCGCUGGAGUAUGUUCAUGCAAUGGAAACCAGCUUCCACUGGCGAAACUGGCACGAACACUGGUGA